AUGUUCAGGACCAAACGAUCGGGGCUCGUCCGGCGACUGUGGCGGAGCCGCGCGCCCGUGGAGGGCGACGGGGAGGCGGACAGAGGGACGCAUGGCCCCGGGAGCUGCUGCAUGGGCAAAGCGGCCAAGGUGGCGGCCAAGUCCCACGGCGGGUCGGAGGCCGAAUUAAAGGCACUCACCCACUCCGUGCUCAAGAAGAUUAAAGAGAAACAAUUGGAGGUGCUUUUGCAGGCGGUGGAGUCCAAGGGGGGCGCCCGAAGCCCCUGCUUACUGCUCCCGGGCAAAGUGGACACCAAAGUGGGUCAAGUGUCUUACUCCCUCCCCAUGCUGCUCUACAAGGUGUUCAGGUGGCCCGACCUCAGGCAUUCCUCGGAGCUCAAGAGGCUGUCGUGCUGUGAAUCCUACGGGAAAGUCAACCCGGAGCUCGUCUGCUGCAACCCGCAUCACAUGAGCCGCCUCUGUGAACUCGAGUCUCCACCUCCUCCAUAUUCCCGCUAUCCCAUGGAUUAUCUUAAACCACCAGAUUCUCCGGACUCAGGACCCUCAUCCAGUGAGACCGGAGGAACAACCUACUCGGCCCCUGUGGGGCUUUCAGAUUCGCUGGCCAUGCAGGAGUCAGGGGAGCGGUCCCACUGGUGCGUGGUGGCCUACUGGGAGGAGAAGACCCGUGUGGGGCGCCUCUACUCGGUCCAGGAGUCCUCCCUGGAUAUCUUCUAUGAUCUACCUCAGGGCAACGGUUUCUGUCUGGGCCAGCUCUGCUCGGACAAUAAGUCGCAGCUGGUGCAGAUGGUGCGCGCCAAGAUCGGCUACGGCAUCCAGCUGACCCGCGAGCCCGACGGCGUGUGGGUAUACAACCGAAGCUGCUACCCAAUCUUCAUCAAGUCGGCCACACUGGACAACCCGGACUCGCGUACGCUGCUGGUGCACAAGGUGUUUCCCGGGUUUUCCAUCAAGGCUUUCGACUACGACAAGGCCAGCAGCCUGCGGAGGCCCAACGACCACGAGUUCACGCAGCAGCCGCGCACAGGCUUCACUGUGCAAAUCAGCUUCGUGAAGGGUUGGGGACAGUGCUACACGCGGCAGUUCAUCAGCAGCUGCCCCUGCUGGCUGGAGGUCAUCUUCAACACCCGAUAGCGGUGGCUUCCCCUGCCCCUUCCUCCCAGACAUUAUCCCCCAUCCUCUUUUUUUUGUUCCAGAGGUUCAAAAUGGAUAAAGUUAUUGCAGAAGAAGAAGAAGAAGAAACACAAGAGCUUCUUCACGAAAAGUGACUCGAGAGUUAAUGAAAAAUAAAGAGGCGAGAAAUGUAUUUUAUGUUAUAUAUAAAUAUAUUAUUAAUUGUAAAUACAAAGACGUUUUAUAUGCAUCGUUAUUUAUGUAUUGUGCAAUGUGUUGAUGAGAAAAAAGAAACUAAGAUGCACUUUGCUUAAUAUAAAUGCAAAACAAAGAAAUGCCAAAAUUAAAAAAAACUAAAACAAA